GCCGCGUCAUCUUCAACGGUAAAAAAAAAAUAGGUUGAUUUUUACAUGAAUUUAACAGAAUAGUCUUAUUCCUUCUUUUAUUUUAAAACAAGUAUACAUAAAAAAUGAGUCUCUUUCCUACUACACAAAGAAGUAACCAUCUUGUUGAGUUUAAUGCUGGUAAAGUUAUUAGAGAAGGCAACAUGUUAAAGCCUGACACCAGAAAAGGUGUUAUUUAUAUGGAUCAGAGUGAUGAUCAAUUAAUACAUUUUUAUUGGAAAGAACGCAAAGCAGCAGAUCCCGAAGAUGAUUUUAUUAUUUUCCCUGAUGAAGCUGAAUUAAUUCGUGUUAAUGAAUGCACAACAGGUCGUGUUUACGUUUUAAAGUUUAAAUCCUCUAGUCAAAAAGUUUUUUAUUGGAUGCAAAAUAAAAACGAUGAAAAAGAUGAAGAACUUGUUGAACGUGUCAAUCAGCUUAUUAAUGAUCCUCAAAGUGUAACAAUGGGUCGUGAUAGUGAUCUUGACUACGAUGGUGAUGCUAACACUGAUUUGAUGCAAAUUUUGAGUGGUGGUCAAGGAGAUUUAGACAUGAAUAUGACUCAAGAUAAUCUUUUACAAUUUCUUCAAAAUGCUGGUAAUUUAGGUCAUCGCUCUCUUUCUAUUCAUAUUAAUCGUAACAAUAAUGAUGAUGAUAUUAAUGCCUCUGAAGGAUAUAUUCUUCCUCGAGCAAAAUGGGCCGAAGUGGGUACUAGAUUAUCAGAAAUUAAUCCUCCAGAAGAAUACGCUUCUCUUGAUGUAGGUGAUGCUUUAAAAGCCGAGGCACUUAAUAGCAUACUACAUUAUAGUGAAAUUAGAUCAGCUUUAUUUCCCUUUAUAAGUGAAAGCUCUGAACGCUCAGAAGAAGAAAUUCAACAAUUAGUUGAAAGUCAACAAUUUCAACAAAGAUUACAAGUGUUGAACACUGCUCUUCGACAAGGUGUUUUAUCUGAUAUAACUAGUGCAAUAGAGACAACUAACGAUCUUAGAUCUUUCUUAGAGGCUGUUGUAGAUCAAGCUAAACGCAAACGACAGAGAGAAAGUAAUGCUAUGGAGGAAGAUUAAGAACAUGCAAUAACACGACUCAUUCCCCUUUUUUUUAAAAAAAAAAAAAAAAAAAAAAA